AUGCAUAAUGAAGUUAUGGAUGGGAUGAGUCUGCUUCGAGAUCAGUUAGUUGAAGUUCAAGGUAACAUGAGCCGAGCCGACGCUGAAAGGUUAGAACAAGCUGAUACUUUUGCAAGAAGGAUUCAGGAAGAAGAAAAUGCAAAGGUUGCGGCCGAGAAAAAGAAGAAUCUUAUCACUCAAGGUGAGGACAAUAGUGUAAGAAUAGGUGGUGGUGUCUCAACAGGCACACGGUCCAAGCGAAAGCCAACCAGUGAUGAUAGCGACAGACCAAUUAAAAGAGGCGGAGGUCGCAGCGGUGAUCGUGGUGGCCGAAGCACUAAAGGUGAUCGUGGUGGACGAAGUGGUGGAACUGGUCGUGGUGGCCGUUCUCUUCCUCAUUUUCGUAAUCUGUUGACUGGUGUAGAGAUGAGCGGUAAAGGAUUCAACUAUCCAAUCGACCCACUCAUAAAAAGGGAAGCACAAUAA